AUGAUUUGUACGCUUAUCUCCCUUGUAUACCCGGUUUUUGCCUCCACUAUUGCCAUCGCAAACAGUAUUGAUGAGCCAAAUUUGCCAUCUCGCGUAGAUGCAUUGCAGCGGUGGCUCAUAUACUGGGUGGUUAUAGGAUGCGUGGCAGUCACAGAGAAUAUUUUAUCCGUUAUCACGUUCAUUCCGGGAUACUCCUUGCUUAAAGUUGGCUUUCACAUUUGGUUGAUAUUUCCCAUGGUUGUUGACAAUGAAGAUUGGAAACAGUCUGGCGCUCCUUGGCUCUUUUUUGAGUUUAUUAAACCUCAACUUGAAGCCAAUAAGGAUGCUAUUAGGAGAUUUGUCUCUAACCCCUUGGACUUGAAGACGGUUUUGAAACUAAGUUCACUUGCAAACAGAGAGGCAAAGUCCUCUCCCAAUACUACUACAGCCACCACCACCGGAUAUGAUUAUGCCUCAAUAUUGGAUGGCUCAAUUGUGAUGGUAAAGAAUUACUUCACAAGAGAGAUCGCUGAAGAAGCAGUUGUUGAGAAUCCGAAUAGCGAGGAGUUUGAUUUGGUAGAUAAGCCCGAGGCUGCAGAGGCAUACCAAAGGAAAGGGUACUUUUGGUAG